UCUUCUACCACCCCCAUCCAAGCAGGGAGCUGAGCUGUUGGAUUUUUCCAAACUCCGGAAAGAAGAAUAGAGGGAAGAGAAAAUGCCCAAAGUUUCCUUGGUCUUAGGGAGCUUGCAGCCAGUAAUAUCUAAACCCCUUCCCCUCCAGGUGUGUUUGGGGUCCUAGGACUUUUCUCAGCAAUAGAAGCCACAUCUCAGUGAAGGGAAGAGCUGGAUGGUAAGGGUCCCAUUCUCUCAGGGGUCCAAUCUCCUUGGUCCUCCAUGCUCCCUUCCCUGCAGGCCCAGAACCACCCCAUGAAACGACGAGACCUUUUCUCUCAAGAAACCCCCCUGGACAUGGCCUUGGCCUCCUUCGAUGACCAGUAUGCUGGCUGUGCAGUGGCCAUGACAGCCGCUCUUCCCGAUCUCAACCGCACGGAGUUCCAGGCCAACAAAGUGUAUGCCGAUGGAUGGGCGCUGGCAAGCAGCCAAUGGCAGGAGCGCCAGGCCUGGGGGCCAGAGUGGGGCUUUAGCACUAUCCUUCCGCCCCCGCCAACCCCGGGCUUCCGCGACGAGCACGGGGUGGCCCUCCUGGCCUACACAGCCAACAGCCCCCUGCACAAGGAGUUCAAUGCAGCUGUGCGGGAGGCGGGCCGCUCACGGGAUUACUAUCUCCGCCACUUCUCCUUCAAGACACUGCAUUUCCUGCUGACCGAGGCCCUGCAGCUGCUGGGCAGGGGCCAGUGCCGCCAGGUGUUCCGAGGGGUGUCUGGGCUGCGCUUCCGGCCAGCAGGGCCCGGGGCUACUGUAAGGCUGGGGGGCUUUGCCUCUGCGUCCCUGCAGAAUGCCGCGGCCCAGCAUUUUGGUCAGGACACCUUGUUCGGCAUCUGGACCUGCCUCGGAGCCCCUAUCAAGGGUUACUCCUUCUUCCCUGGGGAGGAGGAGGUGCUGAUCCCCCCCUUCGAGACCUUCCAGGUGGUCAAUGCCAGCAGACCCGCCCAGGGCCCCGCCCGCAUCUAUCUACGGGCCUUGGGCAAGCGCAGUACAUACAACUGCGAGUACAUCAAAGAUAAGCAGUGUAAGUCUGGGCCCUGCCGUUUGGAUAAUUCAGCUGCAGAACCCACUGUGUCUGUUACUGCACUCAAGGAUCCCCUCUGACCCUCCUUCUGAGGUCAAGGCCAAGCCUUGGGUGCCAGAGACCUGGGCUCUAGUCUAGUCUCUGCCCUAAUUCUCUGUGACCAACGGCUCCUCUGGGCUUCAUCUCUCUCCAGCCCUAUCUGUAUAAUAAGCAAAUUGGACUAAAUGAUUCCCAGGUCCCUUUCAGCUGUGACUCUUCCCUUGAACACCUGCUGUGCCAGGGCUCACCUGGGCCAGUUCUGGUCCAGGUGAGGAGCUCUGCCCAUUGUUCUAGGCGGGAACAGGUUUUACUGGAAGAUUCUACUGGAACAGGUCAUUCCCAGGGAAGACAUCAAAGCCCACUGUGGCUCCCCCUCCUUGGAUCUCUUCUUCCUCCCUCAGGCUCUGUGAACAGUGGGCAGGAAGGAG